AGGCGUAAUGCAACAUGAGUUCAAUCAUUAGCGACGAUGAAGCGGAUGUUACAGAUCUGAUCACGUGCAGCGUCUGUUUUAGCGAAUUCGACAACGCUAAUCAUAAACCAAAAUUCUUGCCGUGUGCACAUUCCAUUUGCCGUGCGUGUCUCGUGGCAAUUCAAAACGAUGGGAAGAUUAGAUGUCCACUCUGCCGCACAUCUCACACCCAUUGGGAUGAUGUGGCGAGUUUACCGAAUAACGUUUACGCCCUACGAUUAGCUAUCGAUAAAAAUCAGAACAAAGCAUCACACGAAGCGCUACUCAAGCUUAAAGCUGAACUGGAAGACAUGAAGGAUCGACGACAUACCAAUUGGUCAGAAACAAUUGGAAAAAGAAAAGAAAUUCAGUCUUACCUGCUUCAGGUAUUGGAUGCGAUCAAAAACGCCAAGAAGGAGAUCCAAGAAAAACUGGAAGAAAAUGGUCGAAUAAUUGCAGAAUUAACUCGUCAAUGUGAGGGAAGAAGCGAGCGAAAUUCAAGCGUCUAUCCCACUGAAAAAGAGCCACCAGUUGAUAAAACAUUAUUGGGACUUUCUUCCUUGAUGAGUGGUCUUCAGCUAACGAUAUGUCCUGGAGAUUCAAAGGAAACAAUCAAAGAAAAAAUGAAGAUCUCCGUUGAGGAUAGCGAACAAAACUUGACACUGGUUUCUGCCGAAGUGGAUAGUUUAAGAACUUGGAAAAAGGCCCGUUUUACUAUACGGGCGGAUAGCGAUGCUGUUGCCACAUUUCCUCUGAUAUGGCAUACAAUUAUGGAGAUGGAUUGGACUAGAACUCCGACAUCGUCCAAUGACUUCAAUUUUUUACUGGUGUCCUACAUGAUUUUCUCUCUUUCGAAGUCGUAUGUUGUGCAAGAUGUCCCAACAUUUGGUGCAGCCAUAGAAGCACCUGUUUCGACUCGGAGGACAAUUUCUCAUCUUAUUCCCCGCUUGCUGAGAGGCCGUUACUCCCAAUCGUUAAUCCUUGAAGCAGAAGAGUCAUCGUCAAAUAGUUCUAAUAAAUCAUUCGCAUCUAGGUUCAAAGGAUUAUUCUCAUUUAGCUCUAAUGAGUCACUGACGAGCUUUAGUGAAUCAUUGACAUCCAGCUCUAAUGAAUCAUUGACAAGCUCUGAUGAAUCCCUAACAUCUAGCUUUUAUGAAUCACUGUCAUCAAGCUCUAAUGAAUCAUUGACAAGCUCUAAUGAAUCAUUGACAUUGAGCUCUAGUGAAUCAAUGGAUUUCAAUUUCCGAGUCAGCAGAGGAUGCCUUAUGAUUCCAUCACUAGACGCGUACCACCAAGCACACGAUGGUUCGAACUUAGUUCUAAUGGAAAAUUAACAUCGUGUGGAUUUCCAGGAUGGGCUGGCAACGGUUAGUAUAAUUAACGAAACACAUUUAGUCUAUCGAAAUAGCAGAAUUGUUACUCGUAGUCCUUGGUUUAUAACAAUCUAUAUAUUUAGUGGGGGGUUAGCAGCACCUAUUCAAUCAGAAUGAUUUCUGAGUUGUUGUAUUAGGUUAUGGUACACAACUGGCAAUUCUUAAUGUUUGCUUUCCAUUUUAUAACUUUGUGGUUUGCCUUGUAAAUAAAAGCUUUUAUUUGUAAGUAAAAAUGUCUAAUUAUUUGAAGGAAAACAUUGUGGUAUGCUGUUUAUCAAUCCCAAUAAGUGCACAAUAUGGCAACACUUUUUCUUCUAGGGAGGGCAUAUCAUCCCCAUAGUUAAUGCAAGUAAGUCAGUAAUAGGAAAGUCAACAAUACACGUACUAGUGUU